AUGGAGAAAAGAGCAGAAGCUGAAAUCAUGUCUUGGAAAUGCGAGGUUUGUAACAAGGUAUUUUCAAAGGAAGGUAAUUUGGUGAGACAUAAGAGAACACACACUGAAGAGAAACCUUAUAAAUGCGAUGUUUGCAACAAAACAUUUUCAAAGUCAAGCCACUUAGUUACACAUAAAAGAACACACACUAGCGACAAACCUUAUGAAUGUGAUGUUUGCAACAAAAGAUUUAUGCAGUCAGGCAACUUAGCUACCCACAAACGAACACACACUGGAGACAAACCAUAUGAAUGUGAUGUUUGCAACAAACGAUUUUCACAGUUGAGCACCUUAGUUACACAUAAAAGAACACACACUGGAGACAAACCUUAUGAAUGUGAUGUUUGCAACAAAAGAUUUUCGCAUUCAAGCAAUUUAGCGGUUCAUAAGAGAACACAUACUGGAGAGAAACCUUAUGAAUGUGAUGUUUGCAACAAAAGAUUUUUGCGGUCAGGUGAAUUAAGUGUACAUAAAAGAACACACACUGGAGACAAACCUUAUGAAUGUGAUGUUUGCAACAAACGAUUUUCACAGUCAACUAGCUUAGUUACACAUAAAAGAACACACACUAGAGAGAAACGUCACAAAUGUGAUGUUUGCAACACAAGAUUUUCAAAAUCAAGCUAUUUGGUCACACAUAAAAGUACACAUACUAGAGACAAGCCUUACAAUUGUGACCUUUGCAACAAGAGAUUUCCAGAAUCGCACAAGUUAACACAACAUAAAAUAUCAGCACACAAGAGAAGCCAGAGUUUUGAGUGUGGUAUCUGCAAGAAGUCAUUCACACAACGACCAAGUCUCAAACAUCACUGGAGAUCACACUUGAGAGAUGGCUUAUUAUUGUGCCACACCUGUGGCAAAGAAGUUAUUCAAGGACAAGGAGAUGCUAAUGAGAUACUAAGUGAUGAUCAAAAUAUUUGUGAUGAAUGCAACAAACAGUUCCCUGAUAUUCAAAGUGUAUAUCAACACAAGGCCAGAGACCAUGGUGCGUCCUACCAAUGUGAUGUCUGUAAGGAGUUGGAAGCAAGUAACGCAACUGGUAUUGGUUAUAUCUGUUGUGUCUGUGAUGCCGAGUUUGAAAUUGCCCCUGAACUUGAAGAUCAUAUGACUGUGCAUGAUAAUGUGCUGCCCCACUAG